CGACAAAGGAUCACAUGCCGUGUUUAGUCCACUUCGACGAUCGCACCUCGAGCAUUACCCUUCAGCUCGUAACAAAUACGCUGAAAGAGGCCUUCUCCUCUAUGACAUUAGAUUUCGGACAUAGUGAAGAGGCCCUCAUCGUACAUCGGCACGACCGACUUUCCCGACGAACACUCACGAAUCCUUCGCCGGUCGCACAUUUCCUAGCUCCGCGAGCUACUGAGGGGCUAGCGAACGACACCCCCUUCCUGUUGCCGGGAAACGUAUCUCUGCCCUUCGACCUCGGUUGCAACAAUUGCAGCGGCAAGGGCGAAGUCAUCUUUUCAACCGUACACUUCGAGUUCAACAACGUUUUCAAUAACCCAGAUGAUGAUCUGGUCAAGAGUGGAGCCGCUCAGAUAGAUCUCAAAGGCUUUGAGAUGUCUAUUGGCUUGCGAGCAGCCCCGGAGGAUGAUGAGACCCGGACCAUUCCUGUAUUCUCCAAAACUAUCAUCGGAGCCGAGAUUCCGGGGGUUGCAUCUAUCGGUUUGCGCUUUGAACUCGAGCUAGAAUUCAAAGCUGAGUUGGAUAGACCAGUUCAAUUGGGCUUUGGGUUUGACGUCGUGGUUCCUGACUCCUAUAUUCGUGCCGACCUAGCAGAGACGCAGAACUCGGGCAUCUACGGCUUCAAUCCCGACAUCACCGCUCAGCCACUCCAGUCCAACGUUUCCGACGUCGAAGUCUUCCUCUUAGCCGGCCUCAAGACCAGCCUGCCCGUCGGCUUGAAGUUCCUCGGCAUCGACGCCCUCAGCAUCGGUCCCUUUCUCUCGCUGCCCACCUUCAACAUGAACGUCACGCAGCUCGCCGCCGCCGACUUCGGCGCCGACUGCGAGCCCUCCAACGCCACAAACAGCGCGGACGCGUUCCGAGACGCCUUCGCCAACCUCACGCACGUGGAAUAUAACAUCGGAAUCGGCGGCGGCAUGGACCUGCCGCUUUGGCUGCCCGACAUUACCUUCGCUUCGGCCGAUUUCCCCCUGGCGACCCAGUGCCUGGUGUACCAGACCGAGGGCUCGUCGACUGGGCUCGCGUUGGCGACGGCGGUCCUCGCUUCCAUUACGGCGCCGCCCGCGGCCACGGGAUCUCAGGCUCACGGGGAGGACGCGACGUCUGGUUCUCUUAGAUACACAGGCACAUGGUAUAAUGGGUACGCGCCGGCUGUCGCCGCUUCUAUCUCUACUCUUAUUACCUUGCUUUUUGCGGUAGCUUGAGCGCAGUGCGUGCGUGGGAGGAAACUCUUGCGCCAUUCUUUUCGAUACCUUUUCUAUAAGC